UAUAUAAAUAAGAAAAAAAAAUGAUACACAUAAACAAAAAAUGGAGAACAAAGAAAAGCAAAUGGUGUCGCCGCCACCGGAACCUAGAGUUGCUGUUGUCGUAUUUCUCUUGAAAGGUAGAUCGUUCCUUCUCGGCCGCCGUCGUGCUUCCGUCGGAGACGCAACCUUCGCUCUUCCCGGCGGCCACCUUGAAUUCGGUGAAAGUUUUGAGGAAUGUGCAGCGAGAGAAGUGAAAGAAGAAACAGGGUUAGAUUUGGGUGAAAAUAAAAUAGAGUUUUUAACUGUUACAAAUAAUGUGUUUUUGGAACAGCCAAAGAAAUCUCAUUAUGUUACUGUCUUCAUGAGAGUGGUGUUGGAUGCACAAGAGGAGCAUGUGAUUCAGAAUGUUGAACCUGAUAAGUGUUAUGGUUGGGAUUGGUUUGAAUUGGAGAAUUUGCCAAACCCUUUGUUUUGGCCUUUGGAAAAGAUGCUUAAAGGAGGCUUUGAUCCUUUUCUGAAUUGAUUAUAUGUAUUUUAAAUCAUUGACAUGUAGAAGUCGGUAAUAGUUUGAAAAAUAGAAGUGACCGAAGAAUGUAACCACUUGUAUCAGUGUUGAUUUGUAGUAUCGAUCUAUGUUGCACCGACACUUUAGAUUAAACAUGAGACCACAGUUUGACAUGUCAUAGACUAAAUACGUGUCAAAGACUAGAUAUAAAUAUGAAACUAUUUUGUAGGAUAUAUUCAUGUUCAUGUACUUGAUAGCUCAAUUUGCAACUAAACUUGAUGUAUUUGUAAUCUAUUUUGGGGCUAUUUGAUUUGAAUAUAUAAUUUUCAAUAUGUAUUAGAUAUGAACCCACCACCAGCCAGUUAUAUGUAUGUAUGUUGAGAGUGUGUUAGAAGUUAUUAUAAGCUAUUGCUUAUAGCUUAUAGCUUGUAUUUUUGGUUUUUGUAUAA